ACGGCCAGAUCAGCUGCUGGCAGCGCAUUGCCAGGACUAACAGCUCAGAUUUAUCUGAAGAUGAAAUUGCUAACCGGAGAUACGGAUUGUUGUACCAGGAAAUGGAGGCUGAUAAAGCAGAGGGAACAAAAUUCUUCACAGUGAAAGGGACAGAAUCACCACGUGCUGCAGAAGAGCUGAAGCGAAUGGUACAACUCAUGGCACCCAAACUGCAGACUGUAUGAUCUGGGAGAGCAGUGCAAAGAAGAGUGGUCAGCUGUGUCCGAAAGCUGAGCAUGGAGCCAAGUACAGAGAUGCUCACCUUGAGCUGUAAGUCUCAAGAACUGCAAAUAAAUGAGGGUGAAGGACAGACUGAUCCACUGAAAGCAGAAGUCACAGCUUGAGCCGAGAAUGUUGGAGGGGCAGCGGCACGAUUCCUUCAGCACAAGGUGACAGGAGUGCCACUGCUGCAACGGUUUCUGGAGCCCCGGGUGGGAGCCUGCAGGUGCUGGCCAUCAGAGCCCUGCCCCAAAGCGUCCGGCUGCCAGCAGUGGGUGAGUUCACUGGUAGCUGUAACUCAAGAGUUAAUAAUUCUGUAGCACACCUUGUGUGGUGCAAGAGAACCCCUGCCUGCACAGCUCAAAUGUGAAUGCUCUCUGAAUCAGAAGGCAGUCUUUAAAAAAAGAGUCUGAAAAGAGCAUCCAGGGAUGAGAUGUAGACUCUGAUCGUCUCAGUGGGAUGGCAGUUAGUAAUCUGACAUUGUCACUGGCAUUACUAGGUUUCAGAAUGAAUUCCCUGAUAAAAACAGUAAGAUUACAUGUUAUAGCAAUGAUGUCAGUUUUGACGCUGCCUUUGGGCUCCCACAAAAGACGAACACGACCUCCACUCUUCCCAUACACAUUUGCCAUCUUCCAACCUGUUUUGUGACUAAAUUGUGAAUUAUCAAUUUAAAGUGUUACUGCCUAUAGAAACAUCUUGAAAAUCUUAAAAUAUAUUGUAUUAUCUUCAAAUUUCAAUAAGUAGACAUUAUUUGAAUGAAAUAAAACUACAGGCUGCUUUCUUCUGGGUUUUGGUCAAGCUUCUUCCAAAAUUCAGAUGAUUUGCUAUAUAGAAACUGUAUAGAAACACAGAGACAAAAUACUCCUCAUUUGACUCCUUAUCUCCAACCAUUGCCAUUUUGACAGAUCAUUUACUGGACAGCACAGGCGCACUGAAAAUUAUGAUGGCAGAGUCGACAACUAUUUUACCAUGUCCCAUUAAACAUUCAGAAGAGAAUCAGAAACAACUUCCUUGUCCUUAAUGACAGAACAAUAUAAUCAUAGAUUGACCAGGGUUGGAAGGGACCUCAAGAAUCAUGAAUCUCCAACCCCCCUGCCAUAUGCAGGGCCACCAACCUCCACAUUUCAUACUAGACCAGGCUGCCCAGGGCCCCAUCCAGUCUGGCCUUGAACACCUCCAGGGAUGGGGCAUCCACAACCUCUCUGGUCAGCCUGUUCCAGCACCUCACCACUCUCUCUGUAAAGAACUUCCUCUUGACAUCCAAUCUAAAUCUUGCUUCCCUCAACACCAUUUCCCCUUGUCCUGCAGUUAUUUACCCUUUCUAAGAACUGAUUGGUGAUUCUAUGAUUCUAUUUAGUGGGAGUUAUUGGGAAUAGGUGAAUGGUUGGACUGGAUGAUCUUUUAGGUCUUUUCCAACCUUGGUGAUUCUAUGAUUCUAUGAUUCUAUGACUGUGGGGAUGGGAGGUGCUAACCAGCGAGCCUUCAGUUUCCACUCCUAAAUUCAGGCUUGGAAGCACGCUAAAAAUGGGAAAUAGAUCUGGUGUAGGAAGGGGAUGUCCUUAGCCAAGGUCCUGGAAAACUGGAGGAAAACUGAUGAAACUGCAGAUCUACCAACAAAAAGGAGAGCACACGGCGCUUGACUUGGUGGGUUUGUGGGAAGGUCAGCCUCCCUGUGUUUAUAUUUCAGCCAUCGUUCUCCAUGCUGGAGAGGCUUUACCCAUUGCACGUGCAUGGACAACUUGUGCAAUAGCAUCCUUGAUCCAGACCCCAUUUCCGUACGGCAUCUCUUUCUCAAUGGCCCGCGGUGUCACGGGGGCACCGAACUGGAAAUAACGCCCUCGUGGUGUCACUGUAAAAGUUUGCCGAGCGAAGCUCUGGUUGCUCCAUCCCUGGAGCUGUUCAAGGCCAGGCUGGGCAGCAUGCCCCAGUGGGUGGCAUUCCUGCCCAGGGCAUCGGGGUUGAGCUUCUAAGUUCUGUCCCUUGCAGCCCAACUCAUUCCGCUGUUCUGCGUUCCUGUGAUGUAAGCAGCGUCCCUGGUGCACCACAAUCACAGUGCAUCACAAGCGGAGCAGCCCGCGGGGAGCCUCUGCCAUCCCAGAGCUGUGAGGUCGCGGUGCCCCUCUGCUGUGCUGAGCUCACAAUGCCUGGCUGUGACGCCGUGCCGCAGGCUUCGCUCUGUGCGACUCACUGUGGCUGUGGCGGUGGUGGUAGAAGCAUGGUACGAGUGUGGGGGGCCAUGGCCCCUGCCCGCCUUGUCUUCCUCUUCCUCCUGAUGGCCGUGUGCUUCAUGGAGACCUGCGCUGCUCCGUGGCGAGCACCGGGAGCAGAUGAUGACCUCCUGGAUCCAGAUUUCACGCCUGUGCCUGAGGGACAACCCAGAGGCCCUGCUGGCGAAUCAGAAUGCAAUCCUGUCCAUGAGCCUGAGGGGAAUGCUGGAGGUGUGAGUGGAGGAGGUGAUCCAGCUUCCCCUCUGAGUUCCAAGACCGAAACCCAGGCGGAUGGCAUGGGUCUGGAACGGGGAAAGGAUGAAUCCAACAGAGGAAAGUCCUCCCAGAGGUCUUACCAUCCGAGAGAGCUGCUGAAGGAAAUGGAAGUGGCAGCUCCUGGGCUGAAUGCAGGGAAAAGCACAAAGGCUGCUGUUGGCAGAUCUGUGCGGCAGCGCCACGUGGCAGUGAUGGUGCUGCUCUCAGCUGUGCUGCUGUCUGCGCUGGUGCUGGCCUGCGUCGCGGACGUGGAACACAUGCCUUGUGUGCAAGAGGGGAGAGAGAGCAACAGAGCGAGCUCAUCCUGACACCGGCUGGGAGGGAGUUCCAGCUGGAGAUGAAGUGGAGAGUGGAGAGGCAAUGAGAGAGAUCCU